AUGACGAAGCCAACUGUCAAGUCAACUGUCCCAACGAAGGACCAGGUCCUCGUGCCGGAGACCUUGUUGAAGAAGAGAAAGAGCCAGGAGAAGGCCAGAGAGCAGCGUGCUGCUGACCUAGAGAAGCGCAAGAAGGCCAACAAGGAAAAGCGUGCAGUCAUCUUCAAACGUGCCGAGACGUACGUCAAGGAGUACCGCGAUGCGGAGCGCGAGAAGAUCAGACUCGCUCGUUUGAGCAGACAAGAGGGCAACUUCUUCGUUGAUGAGCAACCCAAGUUGGUCUUCGUCAUCAGAAUCAAGGGUAUCAACAAGAUCGCCCCCAAGCCUCGCAAAAUCCUGCAACUCCUGCGACUUCUCCAGAUCAACAGCGGUGUCUUUAUCAGAUUGACCAAGGCCACCCAAGAGAUGCUCACAAUUGUCAACCCUUACAUUGCCUACGGCUAUCCCAACCUGAAGACUAUCCGCGAACUCAUUUACAAGCGUGGUUAUGGCAAGAUCAACAAGCAGCGCAUUGCUCUUACCGACAACCAGCUCGUUGAGGACAACCUGGGCAAGUACGGCAUCGUUUGCGUUGAGGACCUGAUCCACGAGAUCUUCACCGUUGGUCCAAACUUCAAGCAAGCCAGCAACUUCUUGUGGCCCUUCAAGCUUUCCAAUCCCAACGGCGGCUUCCAUGCUCGCAAAUUCAAGCACUACAUCGAGGGUGGUGACUACGGUAACCGUGAGGACGCUAUCAAUGCUUUGGUUAGACAAAUGAACUAG